AUGACAGAUCUGUAUACCAACAGCUCCGCCAACACAAUAUACACUCACCUCCGCUCCUUAAGUAACACAAUCAGUGACUUCGGAGAAACAAUAACUUCUCUCCACCUCUCCGCUUUUGUCCCCUCCCAAUCAGACCCAACCAUGCCUUCCUUCAACCACUCAGGCUCUAUACGCCACCGCUUCCUCCGCAUAAUCAGUUUCGGGCGUUACAGCAGUAGCAGCGCAGAUGACCUGGAGCCAUUGACCAACAACGGAAGCCGCAGAUACAGUGCACCAGCUGAUCUGGAAGAGCAAAGCAGUCGACCUUUGUAUACUGCCCACCAAAGCCCUCAAUCUUCGGAGAGUGCGCAGACGACUAUUGUGCAUGAGAUUCCUGCUGGAAAAGCGCCGUUCUCGAUCUCUGGCUUGCAUGAUCAGUAUCGCGGCCGUGUUAUUUCGGAAGCUGAGUUUGAUACACCGCCUAGUCUGGAAGCUGCACAAGAGACUGUACGCCCUGCUGAACGGAGCCGAGUGUUGGCACCAAGACACGGCUUUCCGCUCCCUACACGCACCGGGUAUUUUACUGAAGCCAUGCCCUCUGCUGGAGCUACGCCCUGGCCUGCUAUCCAUGACACCGCCCGCCUUCACCGCGACAAAUCGUAUCUCCAUUGCAACGUCUGCAGUGGGGUCCUGGAGUAUAGUCAGAUCCACUGUCCACGUUGUGCUGCCAGGACUCUUCACCAUGUGCCCGGUGCCCAAGAGGAUUCAGAUCCAGACCACAGAGACAACAACGAGCAACCAGAAGCCACGACAGAGGAAAGUAGUUGGAACACUCAAGGUCUCGAAGCCAGUACCGUCGAGGAGUCUUGGACAACCACUACAAACGAUGCAGUGGAAGCUUCUUCCCCUUCUCCAAAGCACACGCAAGAGAUAACCUCACAAUCUACCGAAAAUCAUGACCCGCACUCGCGAUGCUGUUGCUGCUGUUGCGGUACAGGAGUCACCCUUAUCAACCAUGGCCACCCUAGUGCCCCAAGGGUUCAUGCCACUACAGCUGUCAUCUUCAUUGGCCCUGCUCCCGACAAACGCACGUACCCAUUUUGGAAACGUGCCAUGCCUCGCCACCAUAUCUGUUAUCGAAUUUGGGGUGGGGAGAAUGUUGACGUCUUUGAAAAGGCGAAUCAAGUGUGCAAGUGUGGUGAAGGGAAGCAAGGAGAAGCUUCUGAGAAGAAAAGUACUUGGUGGAUGAGGUGGUCUAAGUGGUUUAGCUGUUGUUGA